AUGGCACGUGGAGCUGGAGGUCUAUUAGAUGGUGGAUUUGUAUUCAAAUUGGGAAGAUUAUUCAAAACUCCAUAUGGUGGUGAAGGUGUCGAUUUUAUUGAUCAAUUAAAUUAUCAAUUUACUGGUGGACUAAUGGUUAUAUUUAUAGCAAUUAUCAGCUUACGACAAUAUGUUGGCAAGCCAAUUCAGUGUUGGGUACCACAAGAGUUUACAAAAUCCUGGAGGAAUAUGCUGAAAAUUUAUGCUGGGUAUCAAAUACAUACUUCUUGUUACCUAAUGAAGAGAUACCAACAGAUCAAGUGGAUUAUGAAAAAGUUAAAUUUAUUGGCUAUUAUCAAUGGGUUGCUAUAG